AUUGCACUUAUUGCAGGCAAGCAAUGUCUCCCUCAGUGUUGGUAUUACACUAUCACUGUAAAGUGUCAUUUCCUGUCUACUUUCCAAACAGCGAACCAAAUGGAUUUGUAAUUUUUGUAUUACAGUAAAUAAGAUCUACGAUUGUACUUGUGCCCAAUUACAUUUCUGAUUCAACACAUCAGAGAAUCAUAAAAAUGGCACUUCCAGACAAAAUUCACCGAGUUUUCUGUAUCGGAACCGCCGAUACAAAGUUCGACGAACUCGGUUACCUCUUCGAUUCCGUCCGGUCCAGUCUAACUUCCUUUUCAUCAACUAAGCAUGAUCAUCAGGUCGAGGUGGUAGUUGUUGAUGUUUCAGUCGGGCAGAAGGAAAUUAAAAGUAUUAGGGAUUUCACAUUUGUCUCAAGAACUGAAGUUCUGAGUUCACUUAAUGAAUCUCAAAAUUUGUUGCUUCCAAAUGAUAGAGGAGAAGCUGUUACCAUUAUGAGUAAAGCACUCGAAACUUUUUUAAUUAAAGCUCAGCAAGAUUAUAAUAUUGGUGGUGUAAUUGGACUAGGAGGUAGUGGAGGCACAUCUUUAUUAUCAUCUGCAUUUAGAUUGCUUCCACUUGGUAUUCCCAAGAUUAUAGUGUCCACUGUAGCCAGUGGACAGACUCAGCCCUAUGUGGGUACCUCUGAUUUAGUGUUGUUUCCUUCUAUAGUGGAUAUUUGUGGGAUUAAUAGUGUGAGUAGAGUUGUUUUAUCUAAUGCUGCUAGUGCUUUUGCUGGAAUGGUUAUUGGAAGAAUUGGGAUGGUUGGAGGUGGUGGUGGUUCGGAUCGUUUAACUGUUGCUAUGACUAUGUUUGGUGUUACUACUCCGUGUGUUAAUGCUGUUAAGGAAAGGUUAGAAAAACGAGGUUUUGAGACGUUGGUUUUUCAUGCUACUGGAGUUGGAGGCAGAGCAAUGGAGUCUCUUGUUAAGGAGGGGUUCAUACAGGGGGUGUUGGACAUCACCACAACAGAGGUUGCAGAUUAUGUGGUUGGAGGUGUCAUGGCUUGUGAUGAGUCCCGCUUUGAUGCCAUCUUAGAGAAGAAGGUUCCUUUGGUCUUGAGUAUAGGAGCCUUGGAUGUGGUGAACUUUGGAGGAAAAGAUACAAUCCCUCCUAAUUUUCAGCAAAGGAAGAUUCACAUCCAUAAUGAGCAGGUUUCACUUAUGCGAACCACCAUGGAAGAGAAUAAACAUUUUGCUCGCUUUAUAGCAGAUAAACUUAACAGAUCCUCAUCAAAGAUCCGUGUUUGUCUGCCACAGAAGGGUCUCUCAGCUUUGGAUGCACCUGGCAAACCAUUCUAUGAUUCUGAGGCCACUGGUGUUCUCAUAAAUGAACUACAGAGGUUAAUACAGACAAAUGAGGACAGGCAGGUAAAGGAAUACCCUUUUCAUGUCAAUGACCCAGAGUUUGCAGAUGCACUGGUUGAGUCAUUUUUAGAGAUUAGUAUGCAGAGCCCUAUUCCUGUUUCUGAAACCACUCGAGAUAUUCAAAAUGUUCCUGAUGUAAAAUCUUCAAGCAGUGGGACUAUCUGUUACAGCCCAAGCAACUACCCAGAGGCAAGACCAGAAACUUUGCAGAAGACUCGGGCAAUAUUGUUGCAAUUGAAAGAUCAAGUAGAAAGAGGAUUGCCCAUAAUAGGGGCUGGUGCAGGCACCGGAAUAUCUGCCAAGUUUGAGGAAGCUGGUGGUGCUGAUUUAAUAGUAGUAUACAACUCAGGGCGCUUUCGCAUGGCUGGAAGGGGUUCUUUAGCGGGCUUAUUGCCGUUUGCUGAUGCAAAUGCUAUAGUAAUUGACAUGGCCAAUGAAGUCUUGCCAGUUGUGAAGCGGGUACCAGUUCUUGCGGGAGUAUGUGCAACUGAUCCUUUUCGCCGAAUGGAUUAUUUCCUGAAGCAGUUGGAGUCAAUUGGGUACUGUGGUGUGCAAAAUUUUCCAACUGUUGGGCUCUUUGAUGGUAACUUUAGACAGAAUCUUGAAGAGACAGGAAUGGGAUAUGACUUGGAGGUUCAAAUGAUUCAUAAAGCACACACAAUGGGUCUCUUGACAACCCCCUAUGGUUUUAAUGAAAAAGAGGCGAGUGAAAUGGCGAAAGCUGGUGCUGAUAUUAUUGUAGCUCAUAUGGGCCUUACAACAUCUGGGACUAUUGGUGCAAAGACAGCUGUCUCACUGGAAGAGAGUGUAGUUCGUGUGCAAGCCAUUGCAGAUGCUGCACGCAAUGUCAACCCCGAUAUUAUUGUGCUUUGCCAUGGAGGUCCUAUAUCGGGUCCUAAGGAGGCAGAAUUCAUACUAAAGAGAACCAAAGGGGUUCAUGGAUUUUAUGGUGCAUCAAGUAUGGAGAGGCUACCAGUUGAGCAGGCUUUAAUAAGCACAAUGCAGCAGUAUAAAUCAAUCUCUAUCAACUGAGCCUUAGUAUCGUAUGGAUUCAAAAUGUACGUGUAUCCCGUCCUUACAUUUUUAUUUUCGUUUUCGUUUUUUGAAUUCUUCUUUGCUCAUUUUUGAAAGCCAACACAUGUUAACAAGAAUCUCCGGAUGUAAACGUCUGUGAAAGAAAAUCUCUGCAUCCACCCACAAGGUUUGCAGAAGCUGAUUGAAAACUUAUAAUGAAUAAUAAUGCUAAACUAAACCACAAGCUAGACUUCA